UUGAUUUCGGCAAGAUGUAAACAUGUUAUAAUUUUUGUGCAUUGUGUGAUGUAAACUGUAAAUCUGUGCAUCAAUUGGAAAUGCACGAGAAGAAAUGGCCACAGAAAAUGUGAAAUCCAGCCCAAAAGCUAGAGUUGUUGUACAGCAGUGCCUGUCUGCAAAACUCAUGGUGCAGCCCCCUAGUGAUGAUCAUGCAGAAGAAGCUAAAUAUGUUGAGAUCAAAAGAGGAGUAGUUCUCUACAUAAGUUUCUUGAAGGGAGCAACAGAAAAUAUUGUUACUAAAAUGGUGUCAUCUCUCCUGGCGGUGCGGCUAUGUGAGCCAGAGUCUGGAAAGCUUGUCUCUGUGAUGGAUCUACCUGGCAGCAUCCUGAUCGUUCCUCAGGCAUGUCUUGGUGGGAAAAUGAAAGGUAAAGCCAUUCAGUACCACGACAACCUGGACAAGACUGAGGGACGGCAGCUGUACGACAUUUUUGUCAGCGAAUGUACCCGUAUGUUCAGCAGCUCCGUAGUCAAUCAUGAAGCCAGUACGACGUGUGUGAGGGCUGGUACGUACGGAAACAGACAGGUACUCAGCAUCAACACCAAUGGACCUUACACACACAUCUUCGAUUUCUCAUGACAAGUCAAUCGGCAUCUGGAG